UGUACAAUGGCUUUUCGUUGCAGAUUUUGUCCUCGCGUUUAUAAUCAUGGAACUCUGCCAAUGUGUAGUGACAUUACGGGUAUGGCAUCUGUUUUAUCGAAGUCCCUUCAUCAGAGGGCUGGCGGUUGCUGUUCUGGUCGCUUCCGCGGCAGGAGUUGCAACCGCUGGCGUUGCCGCGUUUAGUGAUAUCAAGGCUGCCGUGUACGGGCUAUAUAACCCAUCGACCUUAAAGGAGAACCCUGCAACGUUAUUUGUGAUAUACCUGCCAGCCCUGGUUGUCCAUACGACCAUGUUAUCGUUAACGAUAUAUCGUUUUGGUAUUAGCUCAACAGCCUUGCCGAGACGCGGGAUUGUUCACCGAUUCUUAAAAGAAGGAAUGUUUAUGUAUGCGUGUGCAGCCGGAACGAUACUGUAUGAAAUCAUCGCUCUCUCUCUGACUGAACCAGGGGACAUGUCUGUUUACUAUUCGGCUCUGGGGGGAGAGAUAGCAGUAGCAGCCACAGUCAUCUCCGUCUGUCGCGCGAUGCUGAGCAUUCGCUCUUUGGCCGCAAGUUGCCAUGUCGAGCCAGCAUGGUUGCUCAAUCAUGCCGAACUCAGUCGGGUCCACUGGAGGAGAGGAAUAAGCGAAGGAGAAAUCGUCGUUGAAGUCAACGAGAUGGAUGUGGUUCUCCCCUGCAAUUCACGACCGUCGACUGCUGUGCAGACCGAGUUUCCAGGGAAGGUUCAAGGACAAUUCCAGAUGUCUUAACAACCACAAUUUUGUUCCAUA